UUGUUGAAAUUGACUGUGUUUUGUUUUAUAAAUUCAAAAUUCCUUUACUUCACAUUACAGUUUGUUGUAUAAAAAUGUCUGAUCAAAAUAAAAGUAAAAGCAUGUUUACUAAAUCUUCGGAGCAACUUAAUAAACAGAUUUUGGAAUAUUAUUAUAAAUUUGGACAGAAUCGAGAUCUAGAAAAGUAUUUGAGACUGAAUACAAAAACUAACAAAUCAUCUAGUGAAGGUAGCUUGAGUGGCCUAUCUAAAUAUUCAAGCGAUAUUUAUACUAAAAAUGAGGGUCGGCAAGCAAAAUCGUUAGAUUAUUUUGAAAAUAUAACAAAUAGUGACGAAGCGCAAUGCGAUGAGAAAUUUGGAGAUAACAUAUUGGAAUUUGAAAACUUAUCAAUAGAAAAUGAAGGUGAUAAAUUAAAUCAAAAAGAAAACACAAGUUUAAAAAAUUUUUCAACCGAAAUUGAUUUGAAUGAUACGUGCGAUUCAAGCAAAAAAUCUGCAAAACGAAAUUUGAUUGGUGACUGUAAUAAAUCUCUUAAAAAAGACAAGUCAAUAGAUUUGAAACUAGUCCAAAGAGAAAAUAAAGUCAAAGCAAAUUCAAACUUAGGCCAAAAAGAAAAAUUAUUAGAGUGGGAUUCGCUUGGCGAUGUCGGCUAUAAUAAACCAUUUGAAAGCUCCAAUCUAUGUAGGUCAAUGUCAACUAUAGAACGAUCAGUAUUGAAAGGAUUUUUCGCAGAUAAAGGUAUAGAAAUUAGUUUUCCAACAGAUAAAAUAACUAAGGAUAAUAAAGGAGAUUGUGAAAGAUGGCGCACUGUCUUGGAAAAUGUAAAGAAAAAAUACUCUAGUUCACCUAACUUGCUUAGAAAAAAUUCUAUCGAAACAUCUAUUAAUAAAACCAAUCAACAAGAAACUAUUCAAAAACGGGAUUCGCUGCUGAGGAAAAAAGCGGAAGCACAUCCUGAAAUUUCAAGUAUAGAAAAAUGGUGUCAAACAAGUAUAAUUGGCAAAGAAAAUCAAUUAGUACAGUGUAAUUUUUCUACAUCCAAUAGUGCAGUAGAAGAUCAAAGUGUUACAUCUCAAUCCAGUUUUAUAUAUGUUGCGCAAGAAUUCGAAAGCACCGGAAAUAAUUCUGGACAAACGAGCACAACAAAUGAGUCGCAUACCGUGGAAACAUUCGUGAAUAAAAAAUUACACGAAUCAGUUCAUAAAUAUAUUGAAAGCAAAAAUUUGAAAAAUGUUAAUGCAAAAACGAAAGAAAUUGAUCUUGGAAUUUCGCUAUUAUGCUCUCUGAUUGAAUCUAACAAUUUCAACAAUCAUCAAAAAAAAAAGUUAGCUCAGAAAAUUGUUUUAAAAAUUACAAAACAUCGUCCCAUUACUACAGAAAAAUUAAAGGAAGAUUCCUCCAUAAAUAGCAUAGUUAGUAAUAUUGAAACCUUAAGUAGUACAUCAAGCUCUGAAAUCAAAAUAACAAGUAGAAAAGCUUCCGUCGAUGUCGGAACACAAAUUACAAUUGGCUUAGACCAACUUCAUCCUGAUAGGAUGAAUUUAGAAAGCGGAAGUUUCUUAAAAUCUUCCGCUUUGAAAACACAAAGUUCUUCUCAAGGAAAAAAUGUUUCAAGAAAUAAUAUUGAACGUUCAAGUAAAUCUACAGCACAUCAAAUAGAUGAAUCCAGGAAAGUUAAUCAGUUUUCUAAAGGGAGUAAUCCGCAAUUAUUUGAGACUAUGAAAGAAUGGUUAGAACCAUUGACUAAUUCUGAAUUUGAGUAUGACAAAAAACUGAAAAAUAAAUCAAAGGAAAAUAUAAAUGCUCACGAAAAAGUUAAAUCUCUUGAAAUUUUAGAAAAAAAAAGAACAGCGCUGGACAGUGAAAGCGAUAUUCAGAAAAAGAUUCAUCUUAGUUGGAUCGAAACCGAAAUCAAAAGAUUAGAAAAUUUAAAAAGUUUACUGAUAAAUGAAGAUAACAAAAAAGAAUGUAAUGUUCAAUGCUCUGAAAACACGGAAGAAGAAAAAUCAAACAAACUAAGAGAAUAUGACAGUGUUUUUGAGUCGAAUCAUCUAACUAAGAAGUUACCAGAUACAAAAAGGAGCCUAAAACCGCCAACCUACAACGACAGAAAUUUUGGCUCCAGAUUAAACGAACAUAAAAUAAAAAAAAUUUUAGAAAACAUUUCGAAUACUAUCAGUGAAUCUCAAAUGACGCGAUCAAAAUUGAAAACUCCUAUUAAGGAAAACAAUGACCAUGAUUCAAGUGACAGUAUCAGAACUUUUGCUCAAAACAGAAAACGAGAGUUCAUCGAAAACUAUAAAAUUGCUCAUUCCAGCAUACGAAGUUAUGAUCAUCCAAUGGUGUCAGAUCACUAUUCCGAGCCAGGGUAUAAAAAUAUUCCAAUCGCAAAUAAAGACUUUAUUUUUGGCUCAAAAUAUUGUAAUACUAGUGAAUCAACUUUGAAUGAUUUUAUUUCAUCAGAAUCAAUUUCAAUUCCCGUAGUGAAUAGCGGUAAUAGCUCAACUUCAACUACUCAUCAAUAUGAUGCUACGGCAAUUGAUGGAAUUGGAGUUCAAACUUCUGAUUCCGUACUGCAAACUACGCCAAUAUUUGGCUUUCUUAAGGAAAAAAAAUGUGAAAACGAUAGGAAUGAUCACACGAAUAAAACAACCCGUGUUUAUGGUCCCAAAGGGAAAAGUGAACAAAUUCAAGUUAAACCACAAACAAUUUCAUAUACAAUUAAAGUAGGGGAUAAUGAAAAGACCGAAGUAAAAUAUAAUGAAAACUUAAGUUUGCGCGACCAUCUUCAGUCUCAAUGCCCGAGGUUUUGUGAAAGAUCAUCUAAAAGACAAGAAAUUUUGAAAGAAAUGCAAAGGUUAAGAAAGGAGAGGGAAGAAAAAAUUAGAAAUAUUGCAGAGAACACAAGCUUAAAUUCAAUCAAUAGAAAGUUAAACUACAUUCCGCCGCCAGCUACCAAGUGCAUUCGAGUUUUUUCAACAAAGGAAAUGAAAGCCUUAACAAGAAAAAAACAAAAAUGUUUACCUGAAGUAGUGAACAAAGUAGAAAAAGAGAAAAAAGAGAAGCACCGCAAGGGAACUAAAAUUUUGACUGAUGUUUUCAAUAAACGUUUGCAAAGGCAAGUUCACAAAGGAAAACUUUCGUUGGAACAUAGUAUUACAGUAAUAUAAAGCCUACAUAUAUUAAAAAUUAUAAAGUAAACUUAAAGUUAUACAUAAUUUGUAUUUUCGAAUUAAAGAUAAUGUUGUAUUUAU